AUGCCCAGGAUCUGCGCCACCCGGAUCAGGACGCCGCAGUUCUGUCAGUCUCAAGCUCAAACAUUUGUGACCUCGAGACCAUUCUUGAGUGCAGGCGACACUGGCGCAGUACGGCAAGGCGGUACAGCGGCCAGUUUUAAUCGCCGCGAACAAGUGCUGGAGAACAUGUACUUCAAGCAGCACGAGAUGGAGAAGUAA